CUGAGCGGAUGUGCUCCAGCGCGAUAUUCAGCGCAUCAAUUAUGUAUGGGGAAAUGGCAGCUCAGAGAGCAGGCGGACCGCGGUAACGUCAUUAUGGAGCACGCGGGCUGAGCGCAUUUUCGCGGGCAUUCAGCUUCCCUGGCCCGUGAAAGCUGGAUUGCAGGAGCAUCGCUCCCAUGGAGAGAGGCAAGCGUCGCGGGACAGAGUCCCAUGUCUGUGUCUGAUAACAGCGCCACAAUCCUCAUCGGCGAGGGUUCAGCCGAUUCUUACACCAGUCGCCCCUCGGACUCCGACGUGUCUGUGGAGGAGGACCAGGAGGCGGGUCGGCGUGACGCCGAACGCCAGGCCCAGCUGCAGGUCGAGAGAGCCAAGGCCAAACCGGUGGCGUUUGCGGUCAAGACAAAUGUGGGCUACUGUGGGGCGCUGGACGAAGAAUGCCCGGUUCAGGGACUGGCGGUCAACUUCGAAACCAAAGACUUUCUGCACAUCAAAGAGAAGUUUAAUAAUGACUGGUGGAUCGGGAGGCUGGUGAAGGAGGGGGCUGACAUCGCCUUCAUCCCCAGCCCCCUCCGGCUGGAGGCCAUCAGACUCAAGCAGGAGCAGAAACAGCAGAGGAAGAUGGGCGGGAACACCACAGGGGCGGCCGGCCGGAGGACCACGCCCCCUUCUGCAGCCAAACAGAAGCAGAAGCAGACAGAACAGCUCCCCCCGUACGAUGUGGUCCCUUCCAUGCGGCCCGUGGUUCUGGUCGGACCGUCUCUCAAAGGCUACGAGGUGACAGAUAUGAUGCAGAAGGCUCUCUUCGACUUCCUGAAGCACAGGUUUGAUGGCAGGAUUUCCAUCACACGGGUAACAGCUGAUCUGUCUCUGGCCAAAAGAUCUGUCCUCAACAAGAGAGCCAUUCUGGAGAGGUCCAACACGCGCUCCAGUCUGGCGGAGGUCCAGAGCGAAAUCGAGCGGAUAUUUGAGCUGGCCAAGACCCUGCAGCUGGUGGUGCUGGACGCUGACACCGUUAACCACCCGACGCAGCUGUCCAAAACCUCGCUCGCCCCCAUCAUCGUCUACGUCAAAGUGUCCUCACCCAAGGUGCUGCAGAGGCUGAUUAAAUCUCGGGGGAAGUCUCAGAGUAAACACCUCAAUGUACAAAUGAUGGCAGGAGACAAGCUAGCCCAAUGUCCCCCUGACAUGUUCGAUGUCAUUCUGGAUGAAAACCAGCUGGAGGACGCCUGUGAACACCUGGCUGAAUACCUGGAAAUCUACUGGCGGGCUACACACCUGCCUGGCUCCGCCCCCAUCAACCCCCUUCUUGAGCCGAACCCAAUAACCCCGCCCUCGGCCAACUCCAGCCUCCAGUUCUCUGAGACGCAGGAGUUAAUCGAGUGACCACUCACAGCCCAGGACCCAGCUGUCACAUGGGUGCAGGACUGGGGGCGGGCCUGGGAGGGCAGUCCCCGCGCCCUCCGCCCAAAGCCAACGGGGGGUGCCCUCUGCAACUGCACCUGGAAGAAGACGAGGAGGAGGAGGAGGAAGAGGAAGGUGACUCACCCCAGCCGUGCCUGCACGUACCACCGCAAGGCCCCCGCCCCACUGUAGCGACUCCUCCAGCUUACACUGCGCCGAUGGGACAGCCUGCGCCAGAGAACCGCCACAAGCACAACAGCCUCCACCGCCCGUGUACCAGGUCACUCUACCACUGCCAAGACCUAGAGAGGGGGGAGAGGGAGGGGAGGGAACGGUCACUAACCGGCAGAGACGGUCAUUAAAGUUCGGGAAUGGUCACUAAUGGUCAGGAACGGUCACUAAGUCAGGAAGUCACCAAGUCAGGAACCGUCACUAAUGGUCAGGAACCGUCACUAAUGGUCAGGAACCGUCACUAAUGGUCAGGAACCUUCACUUACGGUCAGGAACCGUCACUAACGGUCAGGAACGGUCACUCCAAAUAUAAAUUAUUAUUUAAGUUCCAUUCCUUUUGAGCCAACAGAAUACAAUGUACAGUUCUUAAAUUCUAAGCAAGGGAAAGAUCUUGAUCCAUAAAUAUUUUGGUUUUGAUGCCCAGACAGCCAACUGGGUUGUGACAGCCCUAGUCUAAAAGGAAAUUUCAGUUUGUCUGGCUCUAGAUUUACUAAAAUCCCCUGAAAUCAUUGCUUUACUUAUAGGACUCAGUACAAGGUAUGUAAAUCUCAUGAUAAAAGUUCUAAAAUUAAAGAAAAAUCAAUAAAUUUAAUAUUAUUUUGGGGAAGGGCCAUAAAUACAGUAACCAAUGUAUUGUGCAUAUCUCUCAUUGCAUGUGUCAAUCUUGCUUCCAAUUAUAAAUACCAUGAAUACAAUAGCUGUAUUUAUAUUGGAGCUAUUUGCUCAUAAAAUUCAGGAAAAAUCAUAAAAACCACAUAUGCGUAUAUAUCAGUAUUUGGCUGUAGAAAGCAUCCAAAGGUCUUUUUACAUAUUUACAGGAUAUUACACAGUCAUGUAAAUAGAAUGGGCCGUAUGCUGGGGACCCAUUUUGAGGUUUAUCGUUCAGCAUAUUUAAAUGACAUGCAUUCAUAUAGUAUUCAUUAUUAUUUAUGAUUGCACUUACUGUAUAUAGAAUUUAUUGACAGGGUUUUGAGCAUGCAGGAGGGUGUGUAGCACCAUACAUAUUUCAGCAGUCAUGUCUUAUAAUUAACAGUGUGUUUUAUGCCCAAUGUGUCUUCUUCUGGCCUCUUCAUGGCACAGUUUGAUUGUCAUAGAGAGGGUGAUGUCAUCCCUAUCAUAAAUAACACUGGAACAUAGCAUUGGAUCCACCCUUUCCACUGUAUAGCCAAUCACAACAUGGCAAAAGCCAGUUCCCAGUCAUUGCUGUGUGCGCUCUGAGCAGAAAUCAUUCAUCUCCAGGGAGACUAUGCACGCUACCACUGUUAAAACAGAGUAAACAAAUGAAAGUUGCCAUGUAGGUAAACAGCUGCUGUAGAUUUGGGUUGGCGCUUUAGCUAAAUAACCUUUAGCCAUUUACGCUAGUGGCUUACCUGAUCUGGGACCAGAUACAGGCGCUGCAGGAGAGCUGGACAAUGAGGGAAAACACACACACACACACACACACGCACAUGCACACGCACAGCACAGCACUGAUACACCCACAUGCACGCGUACAUACACCCUGUACUGAGAGAACGUGCACACACACACACACACACACACACACACACACACACACACAC